AUGCAUAGAGGUGGCACUAUUCCUGUACACUUCUUUGGUGCUGUAGGCUACGGAUACAAAAGUCCAUUGAUCAACAUUCAUGGAACUGGGAAGAGUGGGGCAUUUACACAAACUGAUUACCUUGCUCAAGUACUCAAGCCUUAUAUUCAGGAUUUUUUAGCUGCUUUUGCGGCUGUUUUGGGGCCUGGGAAGACCCCUCAGUUCAUGGAAGACGGCAACUCUGCUCACGGCCACAAGACUACUAGCAAUAUUUGUGCUACUUGGCGUACUUCUAUGGGUAUUACUCUAUUCCCCCAUCCUGCAGUUAGCCCUGAUAUGAAUCCUAUUGAGAAGUGCUGGAGGAGAAUAAAACAAGCUCUCCAUAGGCGCCUAAGGCAGCCAACAACUGAGGUUCAAAUGGUUGUAGCAGUAUUAGAAGAAUGGGACAAAAUUCCUCAGGAAUGGAUCAAUGGGCUUAUUGAGCAGCAGGACUUCUGGGCAUUUGGACUGAAGGUAGCAAAUGACUUUUUGGCUGUCAAAGGCAAGACUUUGCGAUACCCUGAUGUUCGCUACGGGAGUCAAACACAGAACACUGAUCCCAGCUGGAAUUUGAAAUCUCACCCAAAAUUCCUUACGAAAGGCGGCGAUUGGCAAAAUCUCGUUGUGGUUGAGGUUGGCUCAUUCACGGAGCACGGCUUGAUCCGGACUUUCUUGGCCCAUCUCGUAAGCGAGCUUGCGUUCUAUGAAAUCCCCAUUUCGGGAGAUUUUAAACUCCGCGUCGACCCUCUGGUAGAUCGCGACAGUGUGGUGCGCAGGGCUCACUAUUCCGUUGCGUUCCAGGAGAUCUUCGACGAUGUUUUACGCCAGGCACAUACAAAUCCAGUUAUGUUCCUGUUCAUCUUAGCCGACAAAGACGCCACAGUCUAUGCCGAUAUCAAAUGGUGGGCUGAUUGUAUCCGUGGCGUCCCAAGCAUAUGUGUGACUAGUACAGCGGUCCAGAAAGCUGUGGGGAAGAGGCCGAAACCAACAGAUCGGGAUCUGCGUUUGGCAAAUAACAAAAAUAUUCUGGAUUGUAAAGUCUACGGAAAUCUUGCGUUGAAAAUCAACUUCAAGCUUGGAGGUGUCAAUCACCGGCUGGCUGGUACUUCUGGAGUCAAGCUUAACACCAUGCUCGUUGGAGCCGACGUGACCCACUCCGGCAAGGGCGCCGACCCGGGCUGUCCGUCUCUUGCAGGGGUAGUCUCAUCGUGCUCAUCGAGUAUUGGCAAAUUUGUGGCAUCUGCACGAUUGCAGUCGAAUAAUACCGAGUACAUUGAAGAUCUUGAAGGAAUGAUGUUAGAGCGUCUCCAAUGGUACCAAAGCAAGAAUGAAAACAAGCUUCCGGAUCAUAUUCUCUUCUACAGAGAUGGCGUUAGCGAAAGCCAGUAUGGAAUGGUUAGGGAUGAGGAGCUUCCACAGAUACAGGAAGCAUGCCGAAAGAUUCAGGCUGGAAGAACUCCAAGAAGUAUCCAAAUCACUUUACUUGUGGUGGGGAAGCGCCAUCAUACCCGGUUCUUCCCAAAAGGUCGAGAAUCACCGGAAAAUCUCAAAGCUGGCCUAUGUGUCGAAACCGAAGUCAUGCCUCUUCACCAAUUCAGCUUCUAUCUUCAAAGCCACCAAAGCGCUCUCGGCACAGCCAGAUCAGGUCACUACGUUGUGAUUGAGAAUGAAAGUAGAUACACAGCUACGUUACUACAAGAAACAACCAACAACCUCUGCUACAUCGGCUCUCGCGCUACAGCGGCCCUUUCAAUUUGUACCCCAGCGCGAUAUGCCGAUAUACUGUGUGAUCGGCUCCGCUGUUAUAUGCGACCUGUCUUCGAGGGAGAAUUGCUUAAUUUUCUGAAGAAUAACCCUAUUGCUGACUACCGCGAUAAGAAUCUGAUUUGGGGUACCGGUAACGGGCGAGUGAGUCCUUGGCACCCGAAUCUCAACGAUCGUUCGUUCUAUCUUUAA